AUGUCGCUGAGGCUAUCUCCCUUUGUUUUCCUGUUCCUGUCUUUCCUUUCUUUCGUCUCCGCUGCAACUACUAGUAAGAUCGUCACUUCCGCCGACGGCACAAAAAUCUACGCAGAUGCUACCGGCGAUCCCAAAAAGCAGAGCAUCGUCUUUGUCCACGGGUUCGCGCUAAGUGGGGUGGUAUUCGACAGGUUUUUCGCCAACAAGCGGUUGGCUAAUUAUUAUCUUGUUCGCUAUGACAUGCGUGGCCAUGGGCGCAGUGACAAGCCAGCUACCGCUGAUGCACACACAUCCAUCCGAUACUCUCAGGACUUCACAGCCGUCAUGGACGGCUUCGGACUGAAGAAACCCAUAUUCGUCGGAUGGUACGUCCCACCAACGGCUAUAAUCACCGAUAUCGUAGCCAAUAACGACGUUCUUCCUAUCGCAGGGGCGGUCGCCCUUGACGGCAGUCCCGGCAUCAGCGCCGACAUAAUCCCGACCAUCGCCAGUCCUUUCCUCCUCAAUACACUCCCUGCGUUCAACGGCAACGACGACGUUACCGCCGCCCUUGCGACCCGCCAGUCGUUCGUCGACGGGCUCUUCCAGGACCCCGCCAAGGUCGAUUUCAGCAUCAAGGCACAAUACCUGGGGCAGACCGUCGUGCAGCCUCCUGCUGUCAGCGCCCUGGUGUCUAUGCGGCCCCAAGAUCCUACGAAACUCUUCGCUGCUGGGGACGCAGGCAAGCUUCCCCUGCAGGUGCUCUUCGGUACCUCGGACAGGAUGGUGGUAGCCGACGGCGUGGUCAGCAUCUUCGCUCCUCAUUUCAAGGAUAAGCUCUAUGUCAGCAAAGUCGCUGGCGGACACGCCCUCUUCGACGACAACCCAGAAGGCAUGAUCGACCAGCUGACAUGGUUCGUCCAGAAGGUCACGGUAAGCAUCCUCGACCGUUGCUCAUGA